AUGUCUAGUAGUGGGGCUAGUGGCUCUGAUUCAUGCAAUGUUAGUGGUGAUGCUACAAAUGAAGAGAGUGAUUUAAGUUCUUAUCCUUUGUGGAAAUAUGUUGUUAAAGGGGACAAAAUGAGUGGGGGUGGGAGUAAUUAUACUUGGCAAUGCAAAUUUUGCAAACAAAUAAAGAGUGGUUCAUAUACUAGAGUUAAAGCACAUUUGAUGGGUCUUGCAAAAGAAUCUAGACAACCAAAAAGACCACCACUUCCUAGUCAAUCUUUGUCUUCUGAAACUUCUCUUUCACCAACUUCAUAUGCCAAGAAAAGAAAAUCUGACAACCCAAUCACCAAAGCUUUUGAUAUAAAAGCUCGAAACAAUUUGGAUGCUGAGAUAGCAAGGAUGUUUUUUACUGGAGGAUUGCCUUUCAACCUUUGUCGAAACCCUAACUAUAUUAGUUCAUACAACUAUGCUGCCACAAAUAAUAUUCCUGGUUACAAGCCUCCUGGUUGCAAUAAAAUGAGAACCACUUUGUUAAUUAGAGAGAAAGAAAAUGUUGAAAAGCUUUUAGAACCAAUAAAGGCUACUUGGAGGGAAAAGGGGGUAAGUAUAGUGAGUGAUGGGUGGAGUGAUCCACAAAGGAGACCUUUAAUUAAUCUCAUGGUGGCUUGUGAAGUUGGUCCUCUGUUCUUAAAGGUCGUUGAUUGCUCAAGAGAGGUAAAGGAUAAAGACUUUAUUGCUAGUUUGUUGAAUGAUGCCAUUGAAGAAGUUGGAGAUGACAAAUUUGUUGUACAAAUUCUAACUGAUAAUGCACACAAUUGCAAGGCCGCUGGAGAACUUAUAGAGGGUAGAUAUCCACAUAUAUUUUGGACACCAUGCAUUGUUCACACUCUUAACCUUGCUCUUAAAAACAUUUGUAAUGCUAAAAAUGUUUCAAACAAUGAGGAGGUUUAUGAUGAGUGUCAUUGGAUAACCGAAGUUCAUGGAGAUGCUUUAUUUGUCAAAAACUACGUAAUGAACCAUUCAAUGAGUUGUCAUGCUAAAGAGGAUGAAACUUCUUAA